CUUGAAGGAAUCCAACAAGGUGGAAAGAUGAGGAAAGUUAGCAGUUAGCACCCGGCUCGACGACCACUUGGUUAUAAUGCCCUUGGUUUUCAGGCACGUGUGCGUCUGCUCUUGUGAAACAUGACGACAGAAAUGAGUAAAGAGAAUGAAAGUAUUGAGAUGGACCUGGCUUCUGGAUCAGCCAAGCCCUACGGGUCCUCGAGAAGCAUUGUGAGGAGAAUAGCUACUAGUCUUCCCCUCCAACCUUGCCCCAGGGUUCAUUUUCAGCUUCAUCCGUACGCUGAGAACGCUGGUGUCUUGAGGAGGCAGAACUGUCAGGUGGCCUCUCUGGCUGAUGUCAGCUGGAUUGACCAGGAUGACGAGGAGGAAGAGGAGGAGGAAGAGGAUGAAGAUUACUUAGGCAGACCCAGGUCAGGGAUUCCACCAGGAUUUGUCUUUCGAGCCCAGCGCCCUCAUCCUGGGAGAAGACCGUUAAGCCGCCAAAGGUCACUGCCCAGCCUGCACCAGGGGGCUCCUGACCCUCAGGGGCCAUCAAAAGUCAACGAUGAGGCCAUUCAGAAGAUCGGUGCUCUGGAGACAGAACUUGCCAGACUCCGAGUACAGAUAGCGCAAAUCGUACUGGCUCAGGAAAAGAGCACACAGUCAGGACCCCCUAUGCCCCCCCCUGCGCCGUCUGGCACCCUACCUCCCCCGCCUCCUCCUCCUCCACCACCACCACCUCCCCCACCACCUUCGAGCCUCCAGCGGACAUUUUCAGCCAUGGAUUUGAUAAAAGAGCGCAGAGGGAAGAAGACAGACGGGCAGACGAUUUUGGAGUCGAGGUCGGCAGAAAUCCCCAGCAUGCUGGAUAUCCUGAAGGACAUCAACAAAGUUAAGUUGCGAUCAGUCCAAAGUCGUCCGUUGGAAGGCGAUGGCAAACUAAAGUCCAGUGGGCCUAUGGAUCCUGCCGCUCUCAUCGCUGAGGCCCUGAAACGCAAGUUCGCCCACCGCUAUCGACACGACAGUGAACAAGGGGACAAGGAGGAUUUCCAACUUCCAGUUCCAGAAGUGAAGCCUCGAACCGAAACCCCUUUGUUUGGGCAACACAUGUUGAAAUCAACUGGAAAAAAGAACUUUGUCUGAACAGCUGCUUCUGAACUCAGUCCAACGAGUGCUGUGGACAUUUUAAAGUGCCUAUCAACACUUUUAAUACCUGCUGUCUCUGUGUGGAAGGACAAGGGAUUCUGCCCGAGCUCGACCACGGGCCGCUCAAAGUAUGGGUCAUCUCUUUAAGUGUCGCAUCCGAUGAUCAACGUCAUGUUUUUUGCACUUUUAUAACAUAACAUUCACGAUCUGUUUCAUGGAAGUAAAACUAACGCAAUGUCUUGGUUUUUCUGUUCGACUUAAAAUUGAUCCCAGUCCUGAGAGGAAAUGUCAAAGGCACACAAGUGCUGGUUAAAGCAACACUACACAAUAUUAUGUUAUUAUUAAGUCUUCAUUAGGUUUGUAUUAAAAUUGUUGCACACAUCAGUUUUACAUCCCCGUUUCUAAUUGGUGUGUAAAAGCUUAAGUUCUUCCGCAGAAGGAAGCGAGCACUUUCUUACCUGUGGGAUAUUGUGAUGUCUUGUUUAUCUAUGUAUAUAGACCGGUGGACUAAUUUAUAAUUGGAAUACAAGUAUUUAUGUUGUGGUUGAAAUAGUUUUUUUCCGUUAACAUAAGUGUAAUAAUAAUAUUCCUUCGAUCAAUCUGUUAUUUUUUUAUUUUGUGUUGAUCCUGUGUAAACAGUGUCAUAGUUGCUAAUCUUGCAACUUAUUAUUUUAUUUUUGUUGGUUCUAAUAAAUGUAUCCCAGUUUUAGUUGAUGUAAUAUAUCUCUACUACGAUUUGCUUUUAAGAGCCAAAGACAUUCCAGUGAUGCCAGUGUUUAAAUGCCAAAUCCUUCUUUUUUUUUUUUUUAAACUUCUCUUGUUUCUCAUGAUGCUUUAAGGGUGAGGAAAAGAUACUCUUACUGUUAAGCAAAGUUCAGGCACCUCAGGUACAUGCGCAGUGUUUUGUUUCUGUAUCAGUGCCUCUUUUGAUAAGAUUUUUCUCUCAUUGCAGAACACUAACAUGUUUCCCAGAACAUAGACUCAUUGUUCAGUAUCAACAUGCUACAAAUACUGCGAUUGUAGAUAGCUCAACAAACACAUUGCUUAUUUAAAGAAGUCCUGGGAAGGUACAUGCUGUUUUCAGUAUCCCAAAGGUUUAGAUGUUGCCAGUAAUCAUGUUUUCAAGCCUCAGUCCAGAAAUGUGACCUAUCAACUCACUGCAGUUGAGGUUUUUAGGCAGUAUUUAAUUCAAAGUGACUGAUUGCACAUUGUUACCCGUUUUAUUUAUGUCAGUGUAGUUGCUGUUUGUAGUCAACUCUGAAGUUUUUAUAAGGGAAAGUGGAACAGACGUGUCAUAGAUUUAAAUUUAUAAUGCAAAAAUCUUGUAGAAGAGUUGUCUUCCAUGAAAAUUAACUUGAACUGUGGAGUCUAAAUAAAAGUUUAUCCUCGGUCCUGA